AUGUCGACUGGUGAAGGGAUCCUUACUAAUGGUGCAACAGAAACAUUAAAUAAACUGGUUCAUGUUGUUGCUCAGGAGAUUAAUUUGGCAUGGGGAGUAAAAGAUGAACUGAAAAAGCUUCAAGACACUUUAGAGAUGAUUCUUGCCGUCAUAUCGGACGCCGGGAGGAGACAAGUGACUGAAGAAGCUGUAGGGCUUUGGUUAAGAAGGCUUAAAGAACUUUCUUAUGAUGCGGAUGAUAUGAUGGAUGAGUUUUCUUACGAAACCAUGCGUCGGUCCGUAAGGGGGAACAACAUGAAAAAAAAGGUUUCAGUUGCAAAUUACGCCUCUAGCAAUACUAGUAUUUCUUAUGGUGAAAGUAGCACUGAGCAACGGAGCCGACAAACCGAGUCAUCUAUAGAUGAAUCCAGCAUUAUGGGACGGGAGGAUGAUAAAGAAAAAAUAAUAAAUUUGUUAAUCCCAUCAUCUGAAAAGGUCUCCGUCGUUUCCAUGGUGGGAAUGGGGGGACUGGGAAAAACAACCCUAGCCCAACUCGUCUACAAUGAUAAGUUGGUAAAUGAGCAGUUCAACCUGAAAAUGUGGGUUCAUGUAUCCGAAUAUUUUGAUGUGGAAAAGCUCUUAACAAAAAUUAUGGAGUCCGCAACUCAAAGUACGUUUGAUUCUUUAUCAAACUUCGAUGUACUGGCAAGUAAAGUUCGAGAACAAUUAAACGGGAAGAAAUAUUUGCUAGUGCUUGACGAUUUAUGGAAUGAGAGUGAUGAGCAAUGGGAGAGACUCUGCAGUCCAUUGCUUGUCGGUGCUCAAGGGAGUAAAAUCUUAAUCACUACUCGUAAAACCCAGGUUGCAGAUGUUGUCAAGGGGCAUAUUCCUCUUUACAAAUUGGGCAAAUUACAGGAUAACGAAUGUUGGUCCAUUAUUGAGAAGAAAGCAUUUUCUCCGGUGGAGCGCAAAAGACAAGAAAGACGAUAA